AAUUAAUAAUAAAAAUAAAAAAGGUAAAUAUUUAUUGAAGACAUUUAAUUAUUUUUAGUGUAAAAAAUAGACUAAAAAAAACUAACCUAAAAUUAAAGGACCAGUGGAGUGUAAAAAGUGACCGAUGGUGUAACUAAAAGAAUUACCCCGUUAGCAGUAACCAAAAAAGUUAUCUCUAUGACAAUGCUUCAGUCGCAAAAACUGUACAGCGAGGCCGGGGGCCUCGGAAACGCCAUGACAAGCGCUACCAUGUCAAGCAUGGGCAGCAUGGCGCCCACGUACAGUUCUAUAAACUCAAUGGGUUGCGUGUCGAUGGGCAUGACCAUGGGAGUGGGUCCUAGCUGCAGUCCCCAGGGCGCCAGCGGGUUUAACAUGAGCACGAUGAGUCCCAUGGGAAUGGCCUCGAUGGGCGGCGGCGGAAUGGGAGGCUACGGAACCGCGGCGAUGGGCGGCGGAGGCGCCUGUAUGACUCCCGUCGGCUACGUCGGCGGAACUCCGUCUUCCCGAGACCCGCUCUCGCUCGCCGAGCCAGACUCUCCCAACUCCGCUCUCCAAAGGGCGAGAAAUGACAAGUCCUACCGUAGGAAUUACACCCACGCGAAGCCGCCGUACUCCUACAUCAGCCUGAUCACCAUGGCGAUACAAAAUGCGCCUUCCAAGAUGCUUACUCUAGCAGAAAUCUAUCAGUUUAUCAUGGACCUCUUUCCGUUCUACAGAACGAAUCAGCAGCGCUGGCAAAAUUCUAUUAGGCAUUCGCUGAGCUUCAAUGAUUGCUUUGUAAAGGUUGCUAGGACUCCGGACAAGCCUGGUAAAGGUUCCUUCUGGACCCUGCACCCAGAGAGCGGAAAUAUGUUUGAAAAUGGCUGCUACUUGCGUCGGCAGAAGCGGUUCAAGGAUGAGAAGAAGGAGCAAGCUCGCCAGACCACUAAACAUCCAGGACAUCCUCAUCAUUCUUCUGGAGGACAUACCAGUCCCUCUUCUCAUGAACUUGGUGGACAUCCAGGUAAAAAAUCAUCAUCACUGCAUCACACAGUGACUCACCAACCUGAUGAUAAAGAUCUCCACUCUUUGGUGUCCUCGCACCAUCACCACGCGACGGGACUCCACCAACACCACGGCGGAGGAAUAAAAAGCGACGCUAAUGAUAUUGGUGGCUUGCUAGGUCCAGACUUAGGCGCUACUCAUGAUGAAUUAGCAGCCAUGGUUGGUCGUAGCCUUCAUCCUCAUCUUCUGAGCGAUCCUUCGGCUCUCCACCACGGAAUGGCCAGUAGUUUAAAGCAAGAGCCGCCUUACACUGCUGCGAACCACCCGUUCAGCAUCACCAGGCUGCUUCCUCCUUCGGAACCCGCGACGACCUCUCCUGGGGCGCAGGAUAGAAAGCACCCGGACUUGAAGAUGUACGAGCAGCUUCACCAGAGCUACGCGAAUUACGGCUCGCCGCAUCAUCAUCCGCAUUCUGGUCCGCCGACUCAUCAUCACCACAAUGGCAUGCAUGGUGGCAAUUCUGUUGCUACCAUGCACAAUAUGUCCAAUCAUCAUCAGGACUAUUAUCAGCCUCCGUUGUAUCAUCAUGCGAGCAGUGUUUCUAGCAGCAGUGUACCUCCUAGUGUCUCUUCUUCAGCCGCCGGUGGGUUGUGACAUCACGCCACCCAUCCGUAUGCCCUCGCCUGAGUCGCCGUCGCUGCGGCUCACCACGCAAACGAGAUCUCCAGGUCCCGAGGACCUGAAAGGAUUCACAAUCAGGCUCUUCAGCAGCAACAUAGCUGGCAUGUUAUUGCGGGCGUAGAGGACGAUGACGAGGACGAGAUGGAGCACGGAGGGUCUUACUCUGAAGACGUUUCGACUUAAUUUUUUAAAUUUAAGGAUAUUGUAUACUAAUAAGGUUACUAGGUAAUUUAAAAUGUUUUUCACUUGGUAAUUUAAACGCGACUGAGCAACUUAUCUAAGGUUGGUUUUUAUGCUUGUGAUUUAUAUUGUAAUACUGGUAUCGAGGACGGUUUUAGUACUGGUCGUUGUAUUGUAUUAUUAUUGGUGGAAGAAUGUUUUAUUUAAUUAUUUUUUUGAAAAAUUUC